AUGAAAACAAAAGUGUUUUUAUGUAUAUUAUUAAGUUCGUUGUUUAUUUUAUACACCACUUUUGAAUUUGGACGAAAGCUGGGAUAUGCAGACGUAAAAAUUAAAGUCGGGGAAACCACAUUGUUACAAAAACAUGGGCAGACGAAGGAAAAAGUUUUAUUUAAAGAAGAGAAAAGUGAUUCUUCACAAACACAUAGUUUUAAAACUUUAGUUAAUAUUCAUGAUAAAAUUUGGAAACAAAUUGAAAUCUUACAAGAACAAGGAGAGUGUGAGAGUAAAAAAAUUCUCUAUUGUGAAAAUAUUGGGAAUUACGCUGGUAUGGGAUCAAUGGUACAUCGCUUUGGAGUUUGUUUACAGAUUGCGUUUGGUUUAGGUCGGAUAGUUUUCAUUAAACAAAAAGAAUACGAACAUUUCGGAGGAUUUUCCGAGUGGAUGAUGCCCGAAUCGAAAAAAUGCGGUUACCUGAAGGCUAAAUAUUUAAAUUAUAAGCAUUCUUGCAACAUGCAACAACGGCAAUGCUACCUAGAAAAUGGUUAUGAUAUUGAUAAUUCUUAUAAAGUCCUCGUUUAUAACUCUAUACCAGAUUUCCCAGCUCCAAGGCAUAUUCCUACAACAAUACCCAAAGAAAUUAGGCUUGCUUUAUUGUCUCAACCCAUCUACAAACCCUGGUUGUGGUUCUCUUCACAGUUUCUCGGCUACCUUUUACUUCGCGUGAAUGAUGCAUUUAAAAUGAAGAUCAAAGAAAUUACUGAAGGUCUUCACCUUGGGUACCCCUUUGUGGCUAUGCAUGUACGGCGUGGCGAUAAAAUAAUAUCAGGAGAAAGCAAUCUGGUGUCUGAAAAAUUGUAUGCUAAUGAAGCUGUAAGAUAUUUUACAGAACACUUUCCUACCAUACAGGAGAAGAAAAUAUUUGUCGCAAGUGAUAGUAGAACGACAAUAGAUAACAUCCGACAUUUUUUACCUCAGGAAUACAAGCUUUUUGAGCUUCCUGCAAAUGUACCAAGUAAAAAUCAAGGAUCGUACUUUCAACGUGGAUUUCCAAAAGAAAUAUUUACAAAUCUGCUUCUUGACUUGCACUUUCUCGUUUAUUCAAACUACACGAUAUGUACUUUUUCAUCCAACUUAUGUCGACUCGUAUAUGAACUCAAAAAUGCAAUUCCUCCAUACAUAGCCUACGAGAAUGUGGUAUCCAUGGAUAAUCCGAAAUCAAUGGUUUAUCUAUGGAAUGGAUACGCGGAUUACUGGAUUCGGUAUCAAUGGGUUUCCACCUCUGCCCAUUCACAAGAAAUUAUAAUAGAUAGUAAAAAAGUUUUAAAAUACGAGGCAGGUCAAUUAUUCGACGUCUCUGCUAAUAAGAGAUUUACACAUGUUGCAUCAGAUGGUAAAAAGACAAUUUAUUGUUACGUUUAUACAAAGUAUCGGAAGGGACAUGGUGAACAAGAAGGAUAUGUCAUACAAGAUCAUCUCAUAAAAUGGCCAGGAAAUCCGUCCUAUCAUUUUUAUCCAGAUAGUAGCUGA